AUGUCUGAGCCCAACCCAUGCACUGGCCACAGUCUCUAUCUGUCAGGAAUCUUUGGAGUUGAAGAGCAGUUAGCUGAAGACAAACGUUACAAAGUUGAGUUCCGGAGUUACUCCACGACAAUUGGCUGUUCGGGAGCAAAUCGCCCCAAGGAUUUGCACUACGAAAUACGUGCCACCGGUUUUAGCUCCGAAGCUCUGAAACUCGAACCAGACCACUUAUAUUUUUUGCGUGGUGCAUUCUUUCCCACCAACACCGACGAGACCUACCACGAUGACUUAUUUUUUGAAGGUUCUGACCGAGUCUGCCUGGGCAGUGCUGAUAAUUUCACCAACAGCUUGGUUGACAAAGUCGGUGUCACCGGAAUUGGUAGGGUGCUGGAUGUGAAUUUUGUGGUUGAAGACUGCUUCCAGUACCUUAAAUCAAAGGUCAAUGACCCUGAUAAAGUGAGUCUGUAUGCAAUUGUCCAACACUGCGACUUCCAUCCUGAGGCAAAGCUUGCUAAAGAAAUCACGGUCGAAUAUCACAUUCCACCCUUCAAACACCUUUCUGGUUCACCCCAAGUUGUCAAGGAGGGUCGUGAGUGUCAGUUCCACGGCUACAUCAAAGAUUUCAACGAAGACACCAAUCGUUACGUUGUGAUAGUUAAUAAAGUAGCUCCGACGUCGGGGCACACGGACAUGCGUCUGCGUGGCAGAGGGUCCAAAGUGGAAGCUGCGACUGACUCCAAUGGCCGCCCCAAGGUUAUCAAAUUCAAGUCACGUGGUUUGAGCACCCCCUUCAGAUCUCCAGUCACCGUAGCCGACUCAAGCCCAACCAUCCCAUUUGGCCCCUCAACCGAAGUACCAUCAUCGUUUUGCUCCGGAUCAGCAAAAUCUGCGUCAGCAAUUGUCCCCGCUGAAAAGCCUGUUCAACCCACCAAGAAGCGUGCUCGCGCGCAACCCAAGCGUAAGACUGGCAAGGGCACUGAUUCCGAGUGA